ACACACAUUCACACACACACCACUCUUUCCUCCUCCACUUCAUUUUUCCUUUGUAAAUAUCCGAAUCAAAAAUAAAACCAAAAAGAAUCGAAAAAUCAAAGAAUCGGAACCAGAAACUUAUCAACAAAACCUCUGUUCUCCCGGGAUGGCUGGCGUUCUCGAAACCCUAACCGUACCACGCUCCGCGUCUCUGCCCUCAGCUUCCUUGGCUCCCAUCGCCGGCUCUCCAUUCUCUACCAUCCGCGUCAGAUUUUCCGAGUUUAGAGGACUUAAGAUCCAGUCGACUAGGCCGUCGUCCUCCGCCUCGCUCAGUUCAAAUGCCAGACUCGCCCGCCGUGGAAGUCGAAUUGUUUGCGAGGCUCAGGAUACCGCUCUAGUAGUCCCACCUGUCAAGGAUGAUACGUGGCAGUCGCUGGUACUAGAUUGUGAUUCACCUGUUCUGGUUGAGUUUUGGGCUCCAUGGUGUGGGCCAUGCCGCAUUAUUCACCCCGUAAUUGACGAGCUGGCUAAGGAGUAUGCUGGUAAACUUAAAUGCUACAAGGUUAAUACAGAUGAUUCCCCUGGAAUUGCAACUAAAUAUGGGAUCCGAAGCAUCCCAACUGUAAUGAUUUUCAAGAAUGGAGAAAAGAAAGACACUGUCAUUGGUGCAGUUCCAAAACAAGUAUUGACUACUAGCAUAGAAAAAUUCUUGUAAAGUGGCGGGUAUCCAGUCCAUGAUGUUUCACGAACAGAUUCAAUAAUCCUAAGAUGGUUCUGUAUAGAUGGAUGCUACUGCAUUCCCUAUUUGUAUUGAGAUAAUCUUGGUUACUAAAGUUUUUACAGUUUGACGUUGUCUUUUAGAAUUAA